UGCCAAGCCAUCACAUCACAGCGGGUUCUCCACAAAAACCCUAGUCUGCCAAAGUCACUUCCCUCUCUCCCCAUUUCUCUCUUCCCUCGAAUCCCAUCGGAAUCCAUGGCGGCAUCAUAUGAUUACGAAGAUGCCGCCGGCUACGGCCAGCCGGCGUCGGACUCCUCCGUGGGGUACGACCCCAACUUCGUGCCUGACUCGGUGAAGUCCUUCGUGGUACAUCUCUACCGCCACAUCCGAGAGAAGAAUGUCUACGAGAUCCACCAGAUGUAUGAGACGUCGUUCCAGACGUUGAGCGACCGGAUGUUCAAGGACACGCCUUGGCCCUCCGUCGACGCCGUCGCGCAUUACGUCGACAACGACCACGUGUUCUGCUUGCUCUACCGCGAGAUGUGGUUCCGCCACCUCUACGCCCGCCUCUCCCCCACGCUCAAGCAACGCAUUGAUUCCUGGGACAAUUACUGCAGUUUAUUCCAGGUGGUGCUGCACGGUGUGGUGAACAUGCAGCUAUCGAACCAGUGGUUGUGGGACAUGGUGGAUGAGUUUGUAUACCAGUUUCAGUCAUUUUGUCAAUAUCGGGCAAAGAUGAAGAACAAGACUGAGCAGGAGAUUGCUCUCCUGAGGCAGUAUGAUCAGGCCUGGAAUGUGUACGGCGUGCUAAACUUUUUGCAAGCACUUGUUGAGAAAUCCAACAUCAUGCAAAUCCUGGAGCAGGAGAAGGAAGGCCUUGAGCAGUUCACCGCUACUGAUGGAUAUGAUUACAGUGGUGGCAGCAAUGUCUUGAAAGUCCUAGGAUAUUUCAGCAUGGUGGGCUUGCUUCGUGUCCAUUGUCUUUUGGGUGAUUAUCAUACUGGGCUAAAGUGCUUGAUGCCCAUUGACAUAAGCCAACAAGGAGUGUACACUAGUGUUAUUGGUAGCCACAUCACGACCAUAUAUCAUUAUGGUUUUGCCAAUCUUAUGUUGCGGAGGUACGUAGAGGCAAUUCGAGAAUUUAAUAAGAUUCUUCUAUACAUUUACAAGAUUAAGCAAUAUCACCAGAAGUCCCCACAAUAUGAACAGAUACUAAAGAAGAAUGAGCAAAUGUAUGCUUUAUUGGCAAUUUGUCUCUCACUUUGCCCCCAGGCGAAGCUUGUUGAUGAGACUGUCAACUUGCAGUUGCGGGAGAAAUAUGGUGAAAAGAUGUCAAGGAUGCAGAGAUAUGAUGAUGAGGCGUUUGCCCUUUAUGAUGAGCUAUUCUCAUAUGCAUGCCCCAAAUUCAUUACUCCCUCCCCUCCAAAUUAUGAGGAACCUCUAGUAAAUUACAAUCAGGAUGCAUACAGACUUCAGUUGAAGCUGUUCUUGUAUGAAGUCAAGCAGCAACAGUUGUUAUCAGGUGUUCGGUCCUUCUUGAAAGUGUACUCGACAAUCUCCCUUGGGAAGCUUGCAACUUACAUGGAAGUGGAGGAAUCCACACUCAGGACAAUUUUGAUGUCAUACAAGCAUAAAACUCAUGCUGUUGAUUCUGAGGGAAAAAUCAUCUCUAAUGCUGAUAUUGAUUUCUACAUUGAUGAUGACACAAUCCAUGUAGUUGAAUCAAAAUCAGUCACAAGAUAUGGGGAUUAUUUUUUGCGGCAGAUUGUCAAGCUUGAAGGGGUGAUAACCGAUAUGGACAGGAUAAAGUUCGAGUGAGGCGGCCAUGGCUCCAGGAUACUCUAUUCCGGUCUGCUCCGGCUUUCUCUUUUAGUUUUGGAAGAAAUUAUUUUUCUCGUAGUGUCACUUAUUGGGCCUUUUCCCAAGUUAGUAUAAUAUGUUGAUCCUUGACUGUAAUUUUCACUUGCAGGCAGAAUGCAUGUUUAUUACAUCAACCCAGCUUAUAGCCCUCUUAUUAAUUUUUUGUUUUGAUUACCUUAGCCAUGUAUUACUGUACCAUUGUUAUGGUAUCGAAGAUUCUUGAACUUUAGAUUUCGCUGAGUUGAGUGUUCAUUAACCAAAUCUGCCCCUUUUCACCAUUGGUCUACACAGUGUAAACUCAGAACAAGGAUGCAUAAUUUGCAGGGAAAUAGUGAAUCUGUUCAAAUUGGAUAUUG